GAGAGUUUAUCUCUCUUUCUUUUCUCAGUUUCUCUUUGCCCAACAACGCCCCUCCCCCACAUCCCCUGCCCCAAUAUCUCUCCUUCUAUAUAUGCUGCUCUCUACUUUUUGCUCUGUUUGUUCUCUGCAAAAACAAGAGCAGAUACGCUUAUUUUAUUGAGAGAAAAGUACUUGCUUGAGAGAGGGCAGCGCCGAUGGCCGCAGAAGUUAGUUCGCUAAUUAGGAUUUUGAACGCUGCUGAUUCUAACGACUCCGGUAAAUCAACGGCUUUGAUCACUCGUGACCUUCUUGGUGGCGGUUGCCCUCUUGAUUCCAAAGAGCUGGACCUGGACAUGCAAGUUCCAUCUGGUUGGGAAAAGCGCCUCGACUUGAAGUCAGGAAAAGUCUACCUCCAGAGAUGUGAUCCUCAGAAAGCAUCUGCUUCAACAUCAGAUCAAAAGAAACAGAACGACCGCACGAGUUCAAAGCUUCAGGACCUUAACUUUCCACCAGCUGCAAAGCAGCCAAUGGACCUGUUUGACGAUGGCAGCUUAGACCUUAAGCUGGUGCCAUCAUCUUCAGCAUCCGCAUCAGCAGCGCCGUCUUCCAAUUACCAAAGCGUUUGCACUCUGGACAAGGUAAAGUCAGCACUUGAGAGGGCAGAGAAAGAAACAUUCAGGAAGCGGUCGAUAUCUAUGUCAAAAUCAUCGUCGCCGCCUUCGAAUUCUUCAUCCUCAAUCAAAGACGGUGAGGUUGGGGAUGAGGAGAAGUCAGCAACUUCGUUUGCGGCUGGUUGUCCCAGUUGUCUGCUUUAUGUGCUCAUAUCGACAAAAAACCCCGAGUGCCCUCGGUGCAACGCUAUUGUGCCGUUGCCUUCGCCUUCGACAGUGAAAAAACCGCGUAUUGAUCUUAACAUCUCAAUAUGAGCCCCUAUGAGGAAUCUAAGCACAAUUAUGUUGAUUUUUUGUAAAGAUAGCAGCAGAUAGCUUUUGUAAGUAAAGACACAAUAGCAUUAGCACAAAUAUUUGAAGGCUUUUGGUGUUCCUUUCUUGGGACAAAAUAGCAGAUAAAAUCCAUUUUGGAUU